GUACCCUCUUUUCCUCUGUGGCCUACGUGUGAAUUCAACGAGAACUCAGAAUCUCGCACUCUAGUUUCCAGCCCUCUUGAAGAACAAAAUCUUUUGAGGGGGUUGGUUCUGGUGAUGCAGAUAUAGAAAGAAUCUUCUACUCUUUCUGUAAUUAAGCAAUACAAAUAAUAUUCCUUCAUCAACCAUGGCUUGCAAUUGGAAAAAAUGUUGCUGCUUUUGUUGCAUCCUCAUGAUAGUUUUCAUCAUUGCCCUCAGCGUCGCUGUUAUCGUUGUUCGCGAAUACAGCCCUAAACGUGGGAUCAAGUACGAGGUGACUGAUGCGUCUCUGACCCAAUUCAACCUGACGAGCGAUAAAAUCCUCAAAUUCAACUUAGCGGUCACGAUAAAUGUCGAAAACCCUAACAAAAGGUCGGACUUCCACUACGAGAAAUUCGAAGCCGUUGCUUCUUACAAGCACGACAGUUUAAUGAGCGUUAGCAUCGACCCCUUCGAGGUAGAGCACAAGGAUAAGCAUCCGGUGAGUGCAUUGUUCAAGGGGGAGCAAAAGAUGUCUCUUCCGAAUGAUGAGGUUUCAAAGAUGAAGACUAGUACGGUUUAUGAUAUCGUUUUGAAGUUGAAGGUCAAGCAUUGGGCAAAGUAUGCUACAAUCAAGAUUCAAGAGAAUAUGAAGAUGGCAUGCAACUUGAAGGUCCCUUUGAAUUCUAACGGAAAAUCUGCUGUAAAAUUUGAGGUUGCCAAGUGUGAGAAGGCUUAGAUUUUUGUCUUCUAAUGUACGUGCAUGCAUGGUUUGGAGGAUUGUGUUUUAGUUUCUCAAAUUAAUAAGAAAAGGGUUUUUAUUUCCCUUACACUUCAUUCUA